CGCUCCGCCCUGGAUUUACCGGCCCCUCCGGGCCCCCCCCGGGCGGCUUGGGGGGCGGUCGGGGAGCGGCCGGACCGCUGGCCAUGUCACCGGGUGAGGAUUUGGGGAUCGCCCCGUGAAGAGGUCUCCCCGGGAGGGCAUUGCCCAGUUGGAGGCCAGAAUGGCUGACCAGAAGCCGCCCGGUGAGGACAAAGGCUCGGAGCCGGCGGCCGACGGCCCAGCGGCUUCAGAAGAGCCGGGUCCGGCCGAGCCGGAUCCCCCCAAACCGCCUUUAGCGGGGAACUCUCCCCCUGGCCCGGGGAGUCCCAAGCCCCAGGAACCCCCGCAAGAGAGCAGAGGCCCGGCCCGGCACUGCGCGCUCUGUAACUGCGGGGAGCGGAGCCUCCACGGGCAGCGCGAGCUCCGUCGCUUCGAGCUGCCCCCUGACUGGCCACGGGGCCCCCCCGCUCCACCUGGGGGCCCCGGGCCCGGCGAGCCACCCCCACUGCCGGGCGACGACCUCUCUAGGAUCGGCUUCCCCGAGGGCCUGACGCCCGCUCAGCUGGGAGAGCCGGGGGGGCAUUGCUGGGCUCACCAUUGGUGUGCGGCCUGGUCGGCGGGGGUCCAGGGGCAGCAGGGGCCCGACCUGCAGGGAGUGGACAAGGCCGUCUUCUCCGGGACCUCCCAGCGCUGCUCCCACUGCGCCCGGCUCGGUGCCUCCAUCCCCUGCCGCUCACCCGGCUGCCUACGGCUCUACCACUUUCCCUGCGCGGCCGCCAGCGGCUCCUUCCAGUCCAUGAAAACGCUGCAGCUCCUGUGCCCCGAGCAUGGGGCUGAGGCCGUGCCCCUGGAGGAUGCCCGCUGCGUGGUGUGUGAUGGGCUGGGGGAGCUGCGGGACCUCCUGUUUUGUACCAGCUGCGGCCAUCACUACCACGGCGCCUGCCUGGACACCGUCCUGACCGCCCGCAAGCGUGCCGGCUGGCAGUGCCCCGACUGCAAAGUGUGCCAAACCUGCAGGAGGCCUGGGGACGACUCCAAGAUGCUGGUCUGUGAGACCUGUGACAAAGGCUACCACACCUUCUGCCUGACUCCGGCUGUCUGCAGCCUGCCCCCCGAGUCCUGGAAGUGCCGGACGUGCCGGCAGUGCCGGGUGUGCGGAUCGGGCCCGACCGAGCUGGGGCCCGACUGUCGGUGGUUCGAGAACUACUCGCUGUGCGAGCGCUGCCAGGAGCGACAACGGCAGCCACCCUCGCCACAGCCGCUGUCCGGUGCCCAGGAUCUCCCCGACCCCCCCGAACCCAGGCCGCCCACUCCUGACUGCAGCAGCAAAUCCUCCCCUGAAGCCGGUGGUGGUGCCCAGGCUGCCGCCCCUGCCGACCCCCCUACCCCGGACCCUGUGUGUCUGCAGCCGCCGGAGGCCUUGGCCGCCACCCCUCCCGAAGAGUUGGGGCAUCCGCAAGAGGAGGACACCCCUCCCGGGGACGCGGGGGGCCUGGCCGACCCCCCUUCAGAGCCCACCCCCCAAGAGGAGGAGAUGCCACUGGAGGUUCUGCCCCGAGCCGAGGAGCCACCCCCUCUGCCUCAGCUCACUCAGCCAGAUCCUCCUCCUCCACCCCUCUCCCCUGCUGUGCGUGCGGGCACUCCUCCCGUGGCCCCACCUGCCCUAUCCCCCCCAGCGGAGCAGAUGGAGCUCCUGGAGGCCGAAGAAGCCAGGGAGCCUGGAACCCCGCCGCCCGCCCCCAUCCUGGACACUCCCAUCAGCCCGCCACCUGCCAUCCGCAGCCCCGAGCCCGAGCCCCUGCCGGAGCCCCGGUCUCCCGAACGGCCUGGAGUCCAGGAGGCGGCCCCGGCGAUGGAGCCGGAGAUGGAGAUGGAACUGGAGCACCCAGCCCCGGAGCCCGCUGGGACUAGCCCCAGCCCGGCCUCCCCGGGCUCCCCGGCCCCCAGCCCCGCCCCGGGCCAGGGGGCCGCCCACCUGACCGGGGCGGCGGAAGAAGAGGAGGAGGAGGAGGAGGAGGAGGAGACGGCAGUGGUAGCGGCUGAGCCCAGCAGCUCCGCGGAGCCUGAGGCCGGCGAGCCCCGGGCGUCCCCCGGGCCGGAUGCCGAGGAGCCCAGGACACCCGUGGACGUGGACGGUGGUGCGGCAGCAGAGCCCGAGGAGCCUGGCCCGGUGCCCGCUCGCACCCCACCCGCUCUCAUCAAGUCAGACAUCGUCAACGAGAUCUCCAACCUGAGCCAGGGUGACGCCAGCGCCAGCUUCCCCGGCUCGGAGCCCCUGCUGGGCUCGCCGGACCCCGAGGGCGGCGGCUCACUGUCCAUGGAACUGGGUGCCUCCACAGACGCCAGCCUGGCGCGGGACGAGGGCUCCGGGCGCCUCUGCACCGACUCGCUGCCCGAGACAGACGACUCGCUUCCCGCCGAAGGCCCGGGAUCAGGGGCGGGCGGCAAGGCCGACGGCGAUAGGGGCAGCCGCCGCCGCAGUUCCCCUGCCCGUUCCCGUGUCAAGCAGGGCCGCAGCAGCAGCUUCCCGGGAAGACGUCGCCCCCGGGGAGGCGCCCACAGCGGACGGGGCAGAGGACGCGCCCGGCUCAAGUCCACAGCGUCCUCCGUGGAGACUCUGGUAGUGGCCGACACGGACAGCUCCCCCAGCAAGGAGGAGGAGGACGAUGAUGAUGACACCAUGCAGAACACCGUCGUCCUCUUCUCCAACACGGACAAGUUCGUCCUCAUGCAGGACAUGUGUGUCGUGUGCGGCAGCUUCGGCCGUGGGGCCGAGGGUCACCUGCUGGCGUGUUCCCAGUGUUCCCAGUGUUACCACCCGUACUGCGUCAACAGCAAGGUCACGAAGGUGAUGCUGCUGAAGGGCUGGCGCUGCGUGGAGUGCAUCGUGUGCGAGGUGUGCGGCCAGGCCUCCGACCCGUCCCGCCUGCUGCUCUGCGAUGACUGUGACAUCAGCUAUCACACCUACUGCCUGGACCCUCCGCUGCAUAAUGUGCCCAAGGGUGGCUGGAAGUGCAAGUGGUGUGUGUGCUGUGUGCAGUGCGGGGCUGCCUCGCCCGGGUUUCAUUGCGAGUGGCAGAACAGCUACACCCACUGUGGCCCCUGUGCCAGCCUGGCCACCUGCCCGGUCUGCCGCGCCCCUUACGUGGAGGGGGACCUGCUGAUCCAGUGCCGACACUGUGACCGGUGGAUGCACGCCAGCUGUGAGAGCCUGCUCACUGAGGAGGAGGUGGAACAAGCAGCUGACGACGGCUUUGACUGUGGCUCCUGCCAGCCCUACGUGGUGAAGCCCGUGGUGCCCGUUACACCCCCUGAACUGGUGCCCAUGAAGGUGAAGGAGCCAGAGCCCCAAUACUUCCGCCUGGAGGGCGUGUGGCUGACCGAGACGGGCAGGGCCGUCCUGCGGAACCUGGCCAUGUCGCCCCUGCACAAGCGACGCCAGCGGCGUGGUCGACCGGGCACCCUGGGCGAUGGGGGGCUGGAUGGGCCUGAGCCCCCCGACCUCCCGGACCCCUCUGGGCCCGACGACAAGAAGGACUGUGACUUGGACAGUGAGGAGCUGCUCAAGGCGGAAGGGGCCACAGUGGAGCAUAUGGAGUGCGAGAUCAAGCUGGAGGCUCUGGCCAGCCCCGACGGGGACCCAGGCAAGGAGGAGAUUGAUGAUGUCAAGAAACGCAAGCGGAAGCCCUAUCGCCCCGGCAUCGGUGGUUUCAUGGUCCGGCAGCGCAAGUCCCACACGCGGCUAAAGAAGGGGCCGGCGGCCCUCGCGGAAGUGCUCAGCGUGGAGGCUCAGCCUGAUGAGGCCAUGGCCGCCGACCUGCCUGUGGAAGGCGCCGCGGAGCAGAGCGCGGCCGAGGGAGACGAGAAGAAGAAGCGGCGAGGGCGGAAGAAAAGCAAACUGGAGGACAUGUUCCCCGCCUACCUGCAGGAAGCUUUCUUCGGGAAGGCCCUGCUGGACCUGAGUCGGAAGGCCCUGCAGGUCGCCGGGGAAGGGCGGCCCGGUUUUGGGCCCGGCGGCCCCAAGGCCAGAGGUGACACUGGUCCCGACGGGAAGGAGACCCCCGCCGCCCAGAAGGGAGAAGACGGAGUUGAUGGCCCAGACGAGGAGACCAGGGGUCCUGACGUGCAGGCCGAGACCCCAGGGCCGGAUGAUGGAGGCCUCAAGGCUUCGCCGGCUCCAAGCGACACGGAAAAGCCCGGCUCGCCAGGGGAUGGGGAGGGGCCUCUCAGCUCUGACCUGGACCGGAUCCCCACCGAAGAGCUGCCCAAGAUGGAGUCGAAGGACCUGCAGCAGCUGUUCAAGGACGUGCUGGGCUCUGAGCGGGAGCAGCAGCUCGGUGGCAGCGGCGGAGGUGGGGGCGGCGGUGGUCCUAGCCUGGAUGGCAACCGCACUCCCCUGCAGCAGAGGCCCUUCUUGCAAACUGGGCUUCCGCUGGGCACCCCUGGCUCCAUGGACUCUUACCCGGGGCUCUGCCAGUCCCCGUUCCUUGAUAGCAGGGAGCGCGGGGGCUUCUUUAGCCCGGAGCCCGGAGAGCCAGACAGCCCCUGGACGGGCUCAGGGGGCACCACGCCCUCGACGCCCACCACGCCCACCACGGAGAGCGAGGGCGACAGCCUCUCCUACAACCAGCGCAGCCUGCAGCGCUGGGAGAAGGACGAAGAGCUGGGCCAGCUGGCCACCAUCUCCCCCGUGCUCUACGCCAACCUCAACUUCCCCAACCUCCGGCAGGAUUACCCAGACUGGUCCAGCCGCUGCAAGCAGAUCAUGAAGCUUUGGAGAAAGGUCCCAGCCACGGACAAAGCCCCCUACCUGCAAAAGGCCAAAGAUAACCGGGCAGCUCAUCGGAUCAGCAAGGUGCAGAAGCAGGCAGAGAGCCAGAUCAGCAAGCAGAGCAAGGCGGGGGAGGUGGUCCGCAAGGGGGAGCGGCCAACCCUGCACCUGCGUAUGCCGCCCCAGCCCGGGGUGCUGGCCAGUUCGCCCCCGGACCCCGGACCCCUCGCCGCCGCCGGCACCGGCCUCCCUACCUCCUCGGACGGGUUCCUGAAGCCGCCGGCGGGCGCGGGGCCCGGCCCCGAAUCCCCCGAGCUCUUCCUCAAACUCCCACCCCAGCUGUCUGCUCAAGUGCCUUCGCAGGACCCCUUCGGCCUGGCCCCCCAAGCCUUUGGCCCGGAGCCCCGCUUCCCGCCGGCCUAUCCCCCCUGCCCCGGCCCCACGCCCGCCGGCACCCCCGGACAGCCUCCUCCCCUGGGGGGUGUCCUCCGCUCAGCCGGCCCCCACCCCGCCGACUUCCACCCCACCCCGCCGGGCACCCCUCACCCCCACCUUCUCCAGCCCCACCCCCAGUCGGUCCCAGGUGACCCCUUCCUCAAGCCCCGCUGCCCCUCCCUGGACAACUUGGUGGGGCCUGGCAGCCCCAGGGGGGCUGAGCCCCUGCGCUCGCCCCCACCCUUUGGGGAGCCCCGCCGGGCCCCCGAAGUCAAGAAGGAGGAACUGGGCGCAGUUUCCCCGGGCUAUGGGCCACCCGGCCUGGCCUUCGCGGACUCACCCUCUUCCUCCUCCUCCUCCUCCGGCCCCGCCCUGGGUGGGCCAGAGCUCAAGGUCCCCGAUGUCUUCAAAGCCCCGCUGACCCCCCGGGCGUCUCAGGUAGAGCCCCAGAGCCCGGGCCUGGGUCUGAGGCCUCCGGAGCAGGCCCCGGCCCCCUCGCCCCCCGGCCACGCUGACCCCUACCGCCCGGCCCCCUCCGGGCCCUACCCGGCAGACCCCUACGCCCAGCCCCCGCUCACGCCCCGGCCCCCACCGACCGAGGGCUGCUGUGCUCUGCCGCCCCGCUCCUUGCCCUCUGACCCCUUCUCCCGCGUGCCCGCCAGCCCCCAGUCGCAGUCCAGCUCACAGUCGCCCCUGACCCCAAGGCCCCUGUCGGCCGAGGCUUUUUGCCCAUCGCCCGUCACCCCUCGCUUUCAGUCCCCGGACCCCUACUCGCGCCCGCCUUCUCGGCCUCACUCGCGGGACCCCUUCGCCCCCUUGCACAAGCCCCCCCGGCCCCAGCCAGACCCCUCCGCCGGGCCCGCCUUCAAACCCGGGCCCCUCUCCCACACCCCGCUGGCGGCCGGCUCCUUCCCGCCUGGCCUGCUGCCCGGCGAGCCCCAGGCUAAGGGCCCUGGGGGUUCCGCCCCAGCCUUUGCCCGCUCCCCCGGGGCUGGGGUCUUCCCGGGGGGUCCUGCGCCCAUGCGUUUCACCUUCCCCCAGGCCGCGGGUGAACCCCCGCUGAGGGCCCCCGUCCUCCCUCCCCCUCCUCACGGGAUUAACAGCCAUUUUGCCCCCGCCCCGAGCAAGCCCCAGAGCGCCAGCUACCCGGGGACGGCCUCGUGCGGCUUUCACCCGGCGGGCGGGCCCCUGGGGCCGGGCGAAGGCUAUGGGCCGGGCCCCCCGCGCCCACCCUCGGUCCUGCCCACGCCCGACGUGUCCCUGCCCUACCUGUCCCACGGCGCCCCGCCGCGGCCGGGCCUGGCAUCGCCAGCCGAUAAGCGGGAGGAGCCGGUGGCCGGGCUGGGCAGCCCCCUGGCAGGCCCCGAACUGCCCUCGGUGGGCCAGGAUCCCAGCCUGGCCGGCAUGAGCCAGACGGAGUUGGAGAAGCAGCGCCAGCGCCAGCGGUUGCGGGAGCUGCUGAUCCGGCAGCAGAUGCAGCGGAAUAGCCUGAGGCAGGAGAAGGAGACGGCGGCGGCGGCUGCGGCGGCGGCAGUGGCAGCGGGCGGCUGGGGCCCUGAACCGGGCAACCCAGCCUUCGAACAGCUGGGCCGUGGUCCCGCCCCCUACCCCGGGGUGCAGGAUAAGGGCAGCCUCGGGCCACUGGCCCCUGGCAAGUUGGGCAGCUCGGUGUUGGGGGCUCCGGGCUUCAGCCCCGACGAGCGCCUGGGCCGCCCGGCCCCCCCAGCCACACCUUCCGCCCUGGACAUGAACAGCAGGCAACUGGUCGGUGGCUCCCAGAGCUUCUAUUCGCGGGCAACCUACCCGGGCUCCCUGGCCCAGCAGCAGCAGCAACGGCAACAGCAGCUUUGGCAGCAGCAGCAACAGCAGCAACAGUCCGUGGCCUCCAUGCGUCUCGCCAUGCCCAGUCGCUUCACCCAGCCGCCCGGCCCCGAGCUGGGCCGCCCAACUCAGGGCGACCCCUUGGUGGGAAUCCCGGCCCGCCCACCCGGCUGCGGGGACCCGGCGCCCGGUCCGUCCGGCCCCGCCCAGUUCAUCGAGCUGCGGCACAAUGUGCAGAAGGGGCCGGGGCUGGGGGGUGCCCCCUACGCCCUGCAGGGCCCCAUGCCGCGAGCCCGCUUCUUCCCUGGGGGCGAGGAGCCGCCUCGCCUGCCUCCCGAUGGGCUGCGGACCUUGGCGCUGCCCGGCCCGUUGCCCCCGAGGCCCCCGGCUCCUCCCGCCCCGCCCUCGGCCGAGCCUGCCCCCAACCUGCGCCCGCCGGCCCCCACCCCGCCCGCGGGCCCAGACCCCGGUCGCCCGCCAUUGGUGUUGGAGGCCGGGCGGCUGCCCUGUGAGGAGUCUGAGCUGGAGGAUGACUUUGAUGCCCAUAAGGCCCUGGAGGACGACGAGGAGCUGGCCCAGCUGGGCCUGGGCGUGGAUGUGGCCAAGGGGGAUGAUGACCUGGGGACCCUGGGGACCCUGGGGAACCUGGAGACCAACGACCCGCACCUGGAUGACCUGCUGAAUGGUGACGAGUUCGACCUGCUGGCCUACACCGACCCCGAGCUGGACACUGGUGACAAGAAAGACAUCUUCAACGAGCACUUGCGGCUGGUGGAGUCAGCCAACGAGAAGGCGGAGCGCGAGGCCCUGCUGCGGGGCGCCCCCCCCCACCCCACCGCCCCCGAGGAACGGCCACCCGAGUCCCGCCGCCCGGCCCCACCCCCGCCGCCCUCCCAGGUGCAACCCAAGCUUGAGGAAGGCGGGCCCCAGGCCUCCCCGUGCCAGUUCACCACCACGGCCGCCCCCAGGCCCGACCCCCCCGCCUCGACCCCGGCCCCCUCCCCACUGGCCCUGGGGCUGAAGCCCAGCCAGAGCCUCCUGGGGGCCCGGGACAACCAGCUGGGCACGGGCGGCUAUGCCAACCAUGGGCCCGCAGGCGCCCCCCCGGCCCGGCUGCUCCCGCCGAGUCCCCUGGGCACCCCGCUGGGGGGCCCUUCCCUGCUGGAGAAGUUUGAGCUGGAGAGCGGGGCCCUGGGGCUCCCGGGCGGGCCCCCAGAGACGGGGGACGAGUUGGACAAGAUGGACAGCUCGCUGGUGGCCAGUGAGCUGCCGCUCCUCAUCGAGGACCUGUUGGAACAUGAGAAGAAGGAGCUGCAGAAGAAGCAGCAGCUCUCUGCCCAGCUGCAGCCCCCACCCCCGCUGCUGGCGGCCCCCGGCCCUGCCCAGCCCCUGCCCUUGCCACCGGAGGGCCCGGCCCCAGGCCUGGCUGGUCCCCCCCAGCAGCUCCCACUGGGCUUGGCAGCUCGGCAGCCCGGGCUGGCAGCCCCGAUGAUGGCCGGCCAACCGCCCCCACAUCCCCUGCAGCAGCGCCUGGCGCCCCCCAUGACUCUGGGACCCCCCGCCCAGGCGCACCUGCUGGGCGGGCAGCACGGGGGCCCGGCGGGCCUGGCGCCCCAGCAGAGCGCACAGCCGGCAUUGGCCCAGAAGCCCCUAGGCUCGGUGCCCCCCUCGAUGGGCAUGAAGCCGCAGCAGCUGGCCAUGCAGCAGCAACUGGCCAACAGCUUCUUCCCUGACACAGACUUGGACAAGUUUGCUGCCGAAGACAUCAUCGACCCCAUUGCCAAGGCCAAGAUGGUGGCCCUGAAGGGCAUCAAGAAGGUGAUGGCGCAGGGCAGCAUCGGCGUGGCGCCCGGCAUGAGCAGGCAACAGGUGUCCCUCCUGGCUCAGCGGCUGUCAGGGGCCCCAGUCGGCACCGAUCUGCAAAACCACGUGGCGGCUGGUAGCGGGCAGGAGCGCAGCGGUGGAGAUCCUUCCCAGGGUCGUCCGACCCCACCCACCUUUGCGCAGGGCGUCAUCAACGAGGCCGACCAGCGCCAGUAUGAGGAGUGGCUGUUCCACACGCAACAGCUACUGCAGAUGCAGCUGAAGGUGCUGGAGGAGCAGAUCGGGGUGCACCGCAAAUCGCGCAAGGCGCUGUGUGCCAAGCAGCGCACCGCCAAGAAGGCCGGGCGGGAGUUUCCCGAGGCCGACGCUGAGAAGCUGAAGCUGGUCACUGAGCAGCAGAGCAAGAUCCAGAAGCAGCUGGACCAGGUCCGGAAGCAGCAGAAGGAGCACACGAACCUGAUGGCCGAGUAUCGGAACAAGCAGCAGCAACAGCAGCAGCAGCAACAGGCCGCCCUGGCCCCCGGCCCCUCCCAGAGCCCCCGCAUGCUGACCAAGCUCCCGAGCCAGCUCCUCCCCGGCCCCGGGCUGCAGCCCCCGCCGCAGGGACCCCCUGGAGGUGGGCAGGCGGGCGGCUUGCGCUUGCCCCCCGGGGGACUGACUCUCCCCGGCCAGCCUGGCGGGCCCUUCCUCAGCGCGGCCCUAGCCCAACAGCAGCAGCAGCAGCAGCACCUGCAGCAGCAGCAGCACCUGCAGCAGCAGCAGCACCUGCAGCAACAGCAGCACCAGCACCAGGCAGCUCACAUGAGCGGAGCGCUGGCCGGCCCUUCGGGCACCUUCUUCCCAGGGAACCCGGCUCUGCGUGGCUUGGGGGCUGACGGGCGGCUACUGCAGGAGCGGCAGAUGCAGAUGCAGCAGCAGCGCAUGCAGCUGGCCCAGAAACUGCAGCACCAGCAGCAGCAACAGCAACAACUCCUCCUGAACCAGGUGGCCCUACAGCAGCAGCAGCAGCAGCAACAGCAGCAGCAACAGGGCCUUGUGGGCCAGACCCUGGGUCCUAAGCCGCAAGGACUCUUGCCCCCGGGCAGCCACCAGGGCCUCCUGGUACAGCAGCUGUCCCCCCAGCCACCCCCUACCCCCACGGGCAUGCUGGGCCCAGCCCAGGUGGCAGCGUUGCAACAACAACAGCAGCAGCAGCAGCAACAGCCGCAUACCGGAGGACUGGGUGCUCAGAGGCAUGUGUUACUGGCUCCCCCUCAGCCUCGGGGGUUGGGAUCCCCUCAGCUGGUGCAGCAGGCCCAGAGCCUCAUGAGCCAUCGGCUGGUUCUGACCCAGCAGCAGCAGCAGCAGCAGCAGCAGCAGCAGCAGGGGGCCUUGGGUAGCCUCGCCCACCUGCAGCAGGGACUGGCACCUCUAGGCGGGCAGCCCAAACUGGGACCGCAGCAGCAGCCGCCGCAGCAGCCGCCACCGCAGGGCCUCUCGGGCCAGAGCCGGACUCUGCUGCCCCCGCAGCAACAGCAGCUCCUGCCCCCGCCACCCACCCACGCCCUCCCUCAGCAGUCCUUGCCCCAACCCCCACAGCCGGCCCAGCCGGCCCACCUGGGCCCUGCCAAGCCGCUCCAGCACUUUCCCGUCCCCGGAGCCGUGGUCCCGGGCCUCCUCCUGGGGCUUACGGGCAAGGAGCAGGCUGGGACUGAGGUGCCACCAGGCCCCGAGGGCAGUGAGGGACCCCAGCAGGCCCCGGGCACCGCCCCGGGUCCCCUGGCCCCGGAGCCGGCCGAACUGAAGCCCCCGCUCCCGGCCGACGCUCAUCUCCUCCUGCCCCCGGCCCAGCCCAGCCCCCUACAGAUGCAGACCCAGCCCCCACCAAGGGUCCCGGGGUUACAUCCACCCGCUGAGACCCCACCCCACCUUCUGGCCCCGGGCCCCUUGGGGGAGCAGCCCCCAGGCCCUCCCCGGCCUCUACAGCCUCCCAAGCCUCAGCCAGCCCCCGGACUGGGCCUGAUGGGGCCAGGAGGUGGACUGGCUGCAGGGCAGCAGCUGCGGGCCCAGCUGCAGGGCGUGCUGGCCAGAAACCCCCAACUGCGGCACCUGAGCCCCCAGCAGCAGCAGCAGCUCCAGGCCUUACUCCUGCAGCGGCAGUUGCAGCAGCAACAGCAGCAGCAGCAGCAGAGUCAGGGCCCAUGCCCACCUGCCGCACCCAGUCCGGCCUUGCUGCCGCCCGGGGGUUUCCCUGGGGCCCAGCCUGGACCCCCUCCGGAAGCACGAUCUCCCAGGCUCCCCACCCCACAAGGAGCCUCCCCCGGGGGUCCAGUUGUGGGCUUUCCACUCGUGCCCAGCCCUCAAGAGCCAAAGAGACCCUCCCCCCAGCCGCCUCCCCCCAGCCCCCAGCUGCCUCCCCCGGGCCAGCCCGAGCCCCAAAAGGCCCCAGGGCCGUCACCCCUGGAGCUCUCAGCGGGGACCGCCCUGCCCCCUUCACCUGCCGGACCUCAGCUCCAGGGGUCCCGGGACAAUGUGGAGCCCCCAGCCGGGGAGGCGGGUCCGGCCGGUGGCCGGGGCGGCCCGGAGCCGCUGCGCUUCACCAUCAAGCAGGAGCCGCGGGAGGAGCCAUGCGCCCUGGGGGCCCAGGCACUUAAGCGGGAAGCCAACGGGGAGCCCGUGGGGGCCGCUCACCCUGGGCUGCUGGCCGGCGCCCGGUCCGAGGCCGGCCACCUGCUCCUGCAGAAGCUGCUGCGGGCCAAGAACGGGCAGCCGGCUCCGGGCCGCGGGGCCGAGGGGCUGCGGGCGGAUAUCAACGGGCACCCGGAAGCCAAGGGGGCCGGCCUGGAGUCCAGACUGUUGGUCAUCCCGGGCAGCAAGGAGGACAUGGUGGCAAGGAAGCCAGGGACACCCAAACCCAAGCGGGUCCAGAAGGUGGGUGACAGGGUGGCCAGCUCUCGCAAGAAGCUGCGCAAAGAGGACAGCGGCAUGGCCCGGUCCGGCGAGGCCCUGCUAAGGCAGCUUAAACAGGAGCUGUCUCUGCUGCCACUGUCAGAGCCGGCCAUCACUGCCAACUUCAGCCUCUUCGCGCCCUUUGGCAGCGGCUGCCCCGUCAGCGGGCACAGCCAGCUCCGGGGUGCGUUUGGCAGUGCCGCCCUGGCCUCCGGUCCCGACUACUACUCCCAGCUGCUCACCAAGAACAACCUCAGCAACCCACCCACGCCCCCUUCCUCGCUGCCACCCACCCCGCCUCCUUCGGUGCAGCAGAAGCUGGUGAACGGCGUCACGUCGGGCGAGGAGCUGGGGGAGCAGCCAAAGGACGGGGCUCCGGCCCCGGAACCGGAUGGGGCGCCUGGUGGCGCUCCCGAAGUGAAGAACCUGGACCUGCUGGCGGCCCUGCCCACUCCCCCCCACAACCAGACCGAGGACGUCAGGAUGGAGAGUGACGAGGAGAGCGAUUCCCCCGACAGCAUCGUCCCAGCCUCGUCCCCCGAGAGCGUCCUGGGCGAGGAGGCUCCCCGCUUCCCUCCGCUGGGCCCCAGUCGCAGGGAUGGGGAGGAGCGAGCGCUGUCCCCCGUCAUUCCCAUCAUCCCCCGGGCCAGCAUCCCAGUCUUCCCAGAUGCCAAGCCGUUCGGGCCCCUGGAGCCAGAGUCGGCGGGGAAGCUGGCGGGGGCCACCGGUGCCGCCUGGGAAAAGAGCAAAGGGAGGGAGGUGUCCGUCAUGCUGACCGUCUCCGCCGCUGCUGCCAAGAACCUGAAUGGGGUGAUGGUGGCCGUGGCCGAGCUGCUGAGCAUGAAGAUCCCCAACUCGUAUGAGGUGCUGUUCCCGGAUGCGCCCGGCCGGGGCCCCGAGCCACAGAAGGGGGACGCCGAGGGGGCCGGGAAAGAAAAGGGUUCUGGGGGGCAGCCCCCCGAAGGCGGCAGCGACUGGCUGAAGCAGUUUGAUGCCAUCCUGCCCGGCUACGCCCUCCGCAGUCCUCUGGACAUCUUGAGGCUCCUCAAGGAGGAGAGCCCGGCCCCAGACCUGCCCGCCCAGCACAGCUACGCCCUCAACGUCUCCAACCUGGACGUCCGGCAGCUGUCGGCCCCGCCCCCCGACGGGCCCUCACCUCCCCCCUCGCCUUCCGCCCCCUCGCCCGCGAGCCCCCCGGCUGCCGAACUCCCGGCCCCUUCGCCCCCGCCCGCCGUCCCGACCCCCUCGCCCCCCGGGCCCGAAGUGGCCCGCCCCAAGCCCCGGGCCCGGCCCCCUGAGGAGCCACCCCCUGAGGACCCCCGCCUGCCACGCCUGAAGAAGUGGAAGGGCCUACGCUGGAAGCGGCUGCGGCUGCUGCUCACCAUCCAGAAGGCUGGCGGGGGCGGCGGGCGGCCGGAGGGCGGCAGCGAGCGGGAGGUGGCGGAGUUCAUGGAGCAACUGGGCAGCGCCCUGCGCCCCGCCAAGCCCCCCCGCGAUCUGCGGCGCUGCUGUUUCUGCCACGAGGAGGGGGACGGGGCCACGGACGGGCCGGCCCGCCUUCUGAACCUGGACCUGGACCUGUGGGUGCACCUGAACUGUGCCCUGUGGUCCACGGAGGUGUACGAGACGCAGGGCGGAGCCCUGAUGAACGUGGAGGGGGCACUGCACCGCGGGCUCCUGACCCGCUGCUCCCUCUGCCAGCGCAGCGGGGCCACCGGCAGCUGCAACCGGCUGCGCUGCCCCAGUGUCUACCACUUCGCCUGCGCCAUCCGGGCCAAGUGCAUGUUCUUCAAGGACAAGACCAUGCUGUGCCCGCUGCACAAGGUCAAGGGCCCCUGCGAGCAGGAGCUGGGCACCUUCGCCGUCUUCCGGCGCGUCUACAUUGAGCGGGACGAGGUGAAGCAGAUCGCCAGCAUCAUCCAGCGCGGCGAGCGGCUCCACAUGUUUCGCGUGGGCGGGCUCGUCUUCCACGCCAUCGGCCAGCUGCUGCCCCACCAGCUGGCCGACUUCCACAGCGCCACGGCCCUCUACCCCGUGGGCUACGAGGCCACGCGCUUCUACUGGAGCCUGCGCACCAACAACCGGCGCUGCUGCUACCGUUGCUCCAUCGGCGAGAGCGCCGGCCGCCCCGAGUUUGUAGUGCAGGUCACGGAGCAGGGCCUGGAGGACCUGGUCUUCACUGACUCCUCGCCCCAGGCCGUGUGGGACCGAAUCAUCGGGCCGGUGGCGGCCAUGCGCCAGGAGGCGGGCAUGCUACGCCUCUUCCCCGAGUACUUGAAGGGCGAGGAGCUGUUCGGGCUGACGGUGCACGCCGUGCUGCGCAUCGCCGAGUCGCUGCCUGGUGUGGAGAGCUGCCACAACUACCUGUUCCGCUACGGCCGCCACCCGCUCAUGGAGCUGCCCCUCAUGAUCAACCCCACCGGCUGUGCCCGCUCCGAACCCAAGAUCCUCACCCACUACAAACGGCCACACACGCUCAACAGCACCAGCAUGUCCAAGGCGUACCAGAGCACCUUCACCGGAGAGACCAACACGCCGUACAGCAAGCAGUUCGUGCACUCCAAGUCGUCGCAGUACCGCCGCCUGCGCACCGAGUGGAAGAACAACGUGUACUUGGCGCGCUCGAGGAUCCAGGGCCUGGGACUGUAUGCGGCCAAGGACCUGGAGAAGCACACCAUGGUCAUCGAGUACAUCGGCACCAUCAUCCGCAACGAGGUGGCCAACCGGCGGGAGAAGAUCUAUGAGGAGCAGAAUCGUGGCAUCUACAUGUUCCGGAUCAACAACGAACACGUGAUCGAUGCCACGCUGACUGGUGGUCCUGCCAGGUACAUCAACCACUCGUGUGCCCCCAACUGUGUGGCCGAGGUGGUGACGUUUGACAAGGAGGACAAGAUCAUCAUCAUCUCCAGUCGGCGCAUCCCCAAGGGAGAGGAGCUGACCUACGACUAUCAGUUUGACUUCGAGGACGAUCAGCACAAGAUCCCAUGUCACUGCGGAGCUUGGAACUGCCGCAAGUGGAUGAACUGAGCACCCCCUCGUCCGAGGGAUCGGGGGCGGGCAGGCGGCCGGCCCGGGAGUGGAGCCGGCGCCUGGAUCGGAGGCAGGCGGUCCCGGCCCUCCGGCCCUCCCCUCUGCCCCGGCGUGGGCAGGGGCCGCCCGGGCCCCGGACAGAAGCAGCCACUGGGCAUCUCAGGUUUGGGGUGGGGACGCGGGCCGGGGGAGGCCCAGCCCCG